AUCGGCUGCUAUUCACAAUCAGACCGUCUCCGAAGUCCUACCAAGCGGUAACCUUCUCACUAAUCGCGCCCGGGCAACAAUUUUUAAAAUUAAUCUAUAAUCGGUAUCGACAAAUGUGAACAACACGAAUUAUCAAUUAUUAUUCUUGAUAAAUGUCCCGAUGAAACUAGAAGAUAAUAACCACGGUCUCCUCCGUGUCCGCUAAUGAGUAUGUUGACGUAUAACCCGCGAAGUCUGAUUAAACAGGAAGUAAACGAGCGAUAAAACAUGAAGACUGAACCUGAUGGAAGGCAAAUUCCAGAGCAGAAAUGCCGAAGACGGCGUCACCGGAAACUGCGAUCAGAACAGCAGAAAAUCUCCGAUAUCUUUGAACAUUUCCGGUCUUUCGGAUGUCGUCCCUAGACUCGAUCACUACAGAUUGAGCAGGAGAGCGAAGAGACCAUCGUUGGGUGAUUUGCACGAGGGUAAUCCUGUCAAGGAUACGAAUGUGGAGGCUGGUCAGGUUACCGGAGGUAACAGCUUUGUCGGUAUAAAAUUGGGAUGGAUCCAAGGUGUCCUGAUACCAUGUCUGCUCAACAUCUGGGGGGUGAUGCUUUUUCUCCGACUUUCUUGGGUUGUGGCGCAAGCGGGGAUCCUCCAGAGUUUGAUAAUAAUUGGUAUAUCUUCGAUUGUUUGCGUAAUCACAACUUUGAGUCUGAGUGCAAUCAGCACGAACGGAGAAGUCAAGGGAGGUGGUAUCUAUUACAUAAUAUCGCGAUCUCUUGGACCUGAAUUUGGAGCAUCGGUCGGGAUUGUCUUCGCUUUUGCGAACGCAGUAGCAGCCUCUAUGAAUACCAUUGGCUUUUGUGAUUCUUUGAAUGAGUUGUUGCGUGAAAAUGGUCUGCAAAUCAUUGACAAUGCUGUCAACGACGUCAGAUUGGUCGGAAUCAUUGCUGUGCUAAUAAUGAUUUUUAUCUGUGCUAUUGGGAUGGAAUGGGAAUCGAAAGCACAAAAUUUUCUGAUCGCCAUCAUAGUAGCCGCUAUCGUGGACUUCAUUAUCGGAACGAUAAUCGGACCGAAUUCCGUGGAACAGACGGCGCAAGGGUUUGCUGGAUUUUCAACGACUGUCUUCUCCGAUAACUGGACACCGGACUACCGAUUUUCCGAGGGUAAACAGCACACCUUCUUUUCCGUAUUCGCCAUCUUCUUUCCUUCCGUAACAGGCAUUCAAGCUGGAGCUAAUAUUUCUGGUGAUCUGAGAGACCCUGCGUCGAGCAUUCCCAAAGGGACGCUGCUAGCUCUCCUCAUCUCUAUGAUCAGCUAUGCCACAUUCGUUAUUUUUGCCGGCGGUGCGGCUCUGAGGGACGCUAGUGGAAUCGUGGUCGACGAGGUGAUCGCAAACUGUACAUCAAACUGUACUUACGGACUUCACAAUAGUUAUUCGGUGAUGCAACUCAUGUCUGUGUGGGGUCCGUUCAUCUAUGCCGGGUGCUUCGCGGCGACACUAUCCACGGCUUUGACGAACCUGCUGUCCGUUCCCCGACUUAUACAAGCGCUGGGAAUCGAUAAAAUUUAUCCCGGAUUAAUUUUUUUCAGCAAGGGAUAUGGCAAAGCCGGAGAACCUUAUCGCGGAUAUGUCCUCACCUUCUUCGUUGCAGCGCUUUUUGUUCUUAUUGCUAAUUUGAAUGCGAUCGCCCCGCUCAUCUCCAACUUCUACUUGGCAUCAUACGCUCUGAUUAACUUCUGCACCUUCCACGCUGCACUAGUGCGACCGUUGGGAUGGAGACCGACCUUCAAGUACUACAACACCUGGUUGUCUUUGGCCGGUUUCAUCUUAUGCGUCGCAAUCAUGUUCCUCAUCGAUUGGGUCAUGUCGCUCGUGACUUUCGUGAUUAUCUUCGCUCUUUAUCUCAUCGUGGUCUACCGGAAUCCGGAUGUCAACUGGGGUAGCAGUACACAAGCGCAAACUUACAAAACCGCUCUUUCCAUCGUGUACCGGCUCAACUCAACCGACGAGCACGUGAAAAAUUACACCCCCCAAAUUUUGGCGCUGACGGGACAGCCGAGUUCCCGACCAGCUUUGGUUCAUCUCGCUAAUCUGAUAACAAAAAAUAACGCUCUUCUGAUGUGUGGUGGAAUAUAUCCUUCUCGACUGUCGUAUAGGAUGCGGUCGACUCAUCGCCGAGCUGGGUAUACCUGGUUGAACCGACAUCGCAUCAAGUCAUUUUAUCACGUCGUCGAAGGUGUUGGUUUCGAAACCGGUGCUUCGGCACUGAUGCAGGCAGCAGGCGUAGGGAAAUUAGCACCAAAUGUUGUCCUAAUGGGUUACAAAACUCACUGGUCCAGUUGCGAGGGAAAAGAGCUUCAGGAAUAUUUCAACGUACUCCACAACGCGUUCGACAAUCGACUGGCUGUCGCCAUAUUACGAAUCGCGGAAGGUCUGGAUUGUUCUGUACCGGUAAACGGAAUUUUCGAAGAGGAACACGGUGCCUUAGCCCAAAGCAGUUACGAUUUGGCAGGGAAUGCGCUGAUGCACGCGGAUAGUAAUCUUUCGAUAAGCAGCGGGAUUCCACGGACUAACAGUGUCCCCAGUAUCGGAACGCAGUAUCUACCGAAUGAUAAUAGCAGCGUUAAAUCGAUUCACAAUAACGGAAGCGCCCGGGAUCAUUUGAAGAAUAAGAAAAAGAUAAUCACUGAUAAAUUGUUGAUUGGUAACGGAAUGUCCCCGGUACCCGAAUACAUGACAAUUUUCCAGAAGAAACACAAGAAGAGUACCAUCGACGUCUGGUGGCUCUACGAUGACGGAGGUCUGACGAUCCUGCUUCCGUACAUCAUCAGCACCAGAACCAACUGGGAGAAUUGUAAGAUGAGAAUUUUUGCCCUCGCGAAUCACAAACAAGACAUAGCUGCUGAGGAAAAAGAAAUGCAAGAAAUCAUGGCCAAAUUUCGUAUCAAGUACACUAGUUUGAAAAUGGUCGAUGAUAUCAGCGUCCAACCCCACGCUGACACUCAGAAAUUUUUCGAAACACUCAUCUCCGGCUUUCGAGAGAAAGAUGGCGUUGAAAAUACUGACUACACAGUCACCGAAGCAGAGCUACAGAACCUACGAGAUAAAACAAACCGGCAGUUACGGCUUCGCGAGUUGCUGCUAGAAAAUUCAAGUGAUUCGACGUUUGUCGUUAUGUCGUUACCGAUGCCGAGAAAGGGCGCGGUAUCGGCGCCGCUUUACAUGGCAUGGCUGGAAACAUUGACCAGAGACAUGCCUCCGACUCUUUUGGUCCGAGGCAAUCACACUUCCGUACUGACGUUUUAUUCGUAGUUCGCCGUCAAUUCUAGGUCCGAUUUUAGUCUAUACAUUUAUACUUCAUUUACGAUCGUCUAUUAUAUUAUAGAUACGUAAUAAUCGGCGUGCCCAUUUGCAGUGGAAGACUAAACAAAUGAGAACAAUGUCUUGGCACUGGCUGCCUACAAUGGGACUUGAGAUGAGACUGCGGUGUAAUGUUAGAUUCAUUUGCCACUCUAGAAAGAACGAGUCAAUCCUAAUUAUCUCUUGAUUCCAUGCAUAAUUCGGUCUUACUCUUAUGUUUGUAGAUUUCAUGAUACUACAGUAAUCAGUAUUAAAAAUUUAUUUAUAAGAUUAGAUAACUCCAUGGCACGUUCGUACAUCGGUACGAACCAUGAUUCCCGAUAUAAAUACUUAUGCAUAUUUGUACUUAAGGACUCAAGAAUUUCUAUCGAACUGACGCUGCGUGUUCAGUGGGGGUGCGAAAUUUUACGUGGCGCGAGUUUUUAACGUGUAUAAAAAUUAGAAAAUGUACCAGUAGAUUUUAUCAUUAGAAAGAGUACGAACUAACUAAUGAGGCACAUAGAAUUCAUAUUUUUAAUGUUAUGUAUACCGAACGCUAGUAUUUAUUUUUAUUACUUUACACUUCCGAAGAAAUAAAAGCAUCUGUAUUUUAUACAUAAAAAUAUAUCCGGUGAUCACGGAUACUGCGAAAUAAU